CACAGAUCAAGGAUGGUCCAGUUUACGGGGAAUGUCGGCUGUUGGAUCCUGCUCGGAUGUCUCCUCCUGCCCACCUCUGUUUUGGGCUCCCAGGAGACUGGGAAGGUGAUCCAGAUCAACAAAGUCCACCAUCAGCCCCUCCAGGUGGGCCUGGCCGAGCCGGUGGCCCUUCCUUGCCUGUUCCUGCUGCAGCCCUCCACCUCACUUGGCCCCAACGACCUGCCUGACCCACCGCGCAUCAAGUGGAGCAAAGUGCAGUCGGCAACGGGGCAGCCAGAGGACAUCUCGGUGCUGGUGGCCAAAGACAACGUGGUGAAGAUUUCCAAGGGGUAUGAAGGGAGGGUCUCCCUGCCGGGCUAUCCCCACCACCGCUACAAUGCAACGCUGCUGCUUUGGGCUGCCCGGGCCAGUGACGCUGGGCUGUAUCGCUGUGAAGUAGUGGUUGGGAUUCACGACGAACAAGACCUGGUACCUUUGGAAGUGACAGGUGUGGUGUUCCAUUACCGAGCUGCCAGCAACCGCUAUGCGCUGACUUUUUCGGAGGCUCAGCAAGCCUGUCAGGAGAACUCGGCUGUCAUCGCUUCCCCGGCCCACCUCCAAGCGGCAUUUGAGGACGGCUACGAUAACUGUGACGCUGGCUGGCUGGCUGACCGCACAGUCAGGUACCCCAUCACCCUUUCCAGGCCCGGUUGCUACGGAGAUCGCAACAGCCUCCCAGGGGUCCGGAGCUAUGGUGAGAGAGACGCUCAGGAAGCGUAUGAUGUUUACUGCUUCUCCAGGGAACUGCAAGGAAAGGUGUUCUAUGCAUCCAGCCCUGGACGGCUGACAUUUCAGGCAGCCCGGAAGUACUGUGUCAGCCGCGGGGCACUGUUGGCGACCACGGGGCAACUAUACCUGGCUUGGAGGGAAGGGCUUGACCAGUGCGACCCAGGUUGGCUCGCUGAUGGAAGCAUUCGUUACCCGAUUCGCAUCCCACGGAAGAAAUGUGGUGGAGAGGAGCCCGGUGUGAGGACCGUCUACCAGUUCCCCAACCGGACGGGUUUCCCGGAUCCAGCAACAAAGUUUGACGCCUUCUGCUUCAAAGCACGACCACAAGCCAAGAAGCAAGAAGGUCCCAGGGAUCAAGACCCCGUUGAUCAGGAUCCAGAAGGCAGCCACGAUUCGGGGAUUGAGAAUGUCUUGGUGGAGCAUGACGCCAACCUGCCGCUGCUGUCCCAGAACGAGCUUUUCCCAAAAGACAACGAUGACUCCAUCAUGUCGGGGGAUUCCAAAGAGCUCGGCAGGGACCCAUACAGCCCCUUGCACAAAGUGCCAAUACCACUGUUAGAAGAAGACGAACAGCUGCAGCUGGUGACGGACUUGCCAGUGGGGAGAGGGACAGGGAUGGAGAGGACGGCGGCAACAGAGGCAUCCCUUUUGGGAGCAGACAGUAACGAUCCACCUUCCUACAUCUUCUCUCCUGACACUCCCGACAAAGACGGGUCAUUCAUCUCAGUUGACCAGGCUCUGACCCAUAUGUCAAAGCAGCAGGACAUGGGACAUGUGGGCACCACCCAAGAAUCAACCAACAUCGGCCAGACUUUAGGGGUGUCCCCAUCUUUGGCUGAAGAUGGUGUCACAACAGGGGGAGUUAGCCAUUCAAUAUAUCCAACCUGGCCACAAGGGACCACCCAUAGGUUGAUCCCCCCAGGGACUGCAUCACCAAACCUGCCGCAGCCCUCCCGAGCCCAUCUCCCUAAGGGGCAUCCCACGGUCUUUUCCACGCUUGCUCCUGCCAUGACAAGGCACAGAGACCAGCUGAUCACCACAGCAGUGACCUCGGCCUCGUCAGCCCUCCCUGAAUCAACACGGAAAAGCAUUUACAUUGGCCUGAACGGGCGCUAUUUUCAGGAAGGCCAAGAACACCCAGGCAUUGAUGGGGACCUGGAAGGCAACACUGAGACGCCCACGGCCCUCCCUCUUUUGGCCCUGCAAGUACAAAAGAUGGCGGAUAACUCUAUUGCGCCCCCUGGUGGAGCAGAGUCCACUCUUGCCCCCUCUCUUGAUGUCAGCUCAAACUUUCCAGUUUCAAACGAGGUGGAAGGCAACCGAUUAGCAGCAUCUGUGGAUCAGGGCGCCCCCGAGAUGACUUUCUCUCCUGUGUUCUUCUCUGUGCAAGACAUUGGAGCUGAGGAGGCCGUCCACCCACCUCAAAUCCUUGACCCACUAGAGAGCCAAUCCUUUCCCACAGAGCACCAGCAUUCUGACACAUCAUUGUCAGCUCUGGCCAAUGGGGUACUAAAUCCCCAAGAGGUUGCCACGGUGACAGAAGAUGAAGACGCACCCCUGGGCACCAGCAUCCGAGGAGACUACCCUCAAGGGUUGUUGCAGGGUGUGGACAACGAGGACGGGUUUUCGGGCAAUGAGAAUGUUAUGCCAACGAUCCCAACCGAUACUCAGCAACAGAGGCACGAGGCCCGCCCCAAUGAGGAGAGGGCACAAUCUGAAUAUGACUCCCAAGGUACCCCAGAAAAGGCUGUGAGCUUCGUGGAGGAGGUUCCAGGGCCUAACUUUCAGGCCCAGCAUCACUCGCUCGGGGUUUCCCAGGGACUAAUGGAAGAAGACAGCCUGUAUUCAGCUAAGCAGCAAAGCGAGACCCACCUAUUCAACAUGGCCAGCGAGGGAGCCAUCUUGAAAGAGUCCGGCCAGCAUUCAGAAGACCUGGCUGAGCUGCGAGGGCAAGGAGCUGUUACCCUUCCACCUGAAGUGGUUCCUUCACUGACGCCAGACAACUUUUACCCACACGUGGCUCGACUUGUCUCUAGGGAACCCGAGGCAUGGCUGGCUGCUAGCGAUGACCAAGAUGGCCAGGAGGCCAUGACAGAUGUGAAGCUGAAAGAACCUCUGGAGAGGGUGAGUCUGGUGCCCACAGAUGGCACAGUAGCUGCAGAGACACUGAGCCUUCGUGAGACAAAAGGCCUGCAGGAUGCAGUCAAUCAUGAUGCAGGCGGCCAUCUGGAAGCCAACACGACAAUCCACAGCCACCAAACUGGUGCAGUACUUCCAGAAGCUGUUGGCACGGUUGGACAUGGCCUUGUCCACUGGCAACAUGGAGAUGCCACUGGGUCUCCUGUCCACAGUGAAGCUGACCUUCACACUUUGACCUGGCUCAUUCUAGACAAGGACGUAGAGGCCCUAACCCAGUAUGCCCACAAAGAAGACCAGACAUCGUGGAGUUCAUCUGACACAGGAUUCUCUCUGAGCAUGUCAGAGCCUACAAGCCCACAACAGUCCCAUGGUUUUUCCCCAAGCUUGGGACCCUUUAUCCACCCCAGCAAGGAAGCAGCGGAAACUGGAGAGGACAAUGUAGGCUACCUUCCUGUCACCCAAGGUGAACUGCAAGGGUUUUUUCCAAUGGAGGCUGAAAUUGGGAGCGGAGAGGAGAGACGGGAGGCGUUUGCAGUCGAAAGGGUUGUGAGCCGGGCAUGGACCGAGGAGGCCAACGACAGCUCUCUGGCUGAGGCCGAUCCUUGUGACCAUGAGCCCUGCUUGCAUGGCGGGACCUGCCAGUCCGACGGGAACAUCUCCAGCUGCAGCUGCCCCCAGGGCUUCACAGGGGAGAACUGCGAAAUAGAUAUUGACGACUGCCUGUCUGCCCCCUGCCAGAACGGCGGCACCUGCAUCGAUGAAACCAACUCCUUUGUCUGCCUCUGCUUGCCCAGCUACGGGGGGAAUUUGUGCGACAGAGACACAGAGGGCUGCGACCACAAUUGGCACAAGUUCCAGGGCCAUUGCUAUCGCUACUUCGCCCACCGGCGCUCCUGGGAAGAUGCGGAAAGGGACUGCCGUCGGCGGUCUGGUCACCUAACCAGUAUCCACUCUUGGGAAGAGCACAACUUCAUCAACAGUUUCGGGCAUGAGAACACGUGGAUUGGACUCAACGAUCGCAUCGUGGAACAGGAUUUCCAGUGGACGGAUAAUACGGGAUUGCAAUAUGAGAACUGGCGAGAAAACCAGCCAGACAACUUCUUUGCGGGUGGCGAGGAUUGCGUGGUGCUGGUGUCACACGAGACCGGCAAGUGGAAUGAUGUCCCGUGCAACUACAACCUUCCUUAUGUCUGCAAGAAGGACACAGUGCUGUGUGGGUCUCCCCCCUCUGUUGAGAACGCCUACCCCAUAGGCAAGAAGAAGGAGAAGUACAGCGUCCAUUCCACAGUACGCUACCAGUGUGAGGAGGGAUUUGUCCAGAGGCACUUGCCCACCAUUAAAUGUCACGUCAAUGGGACGUGGGACCGGCCCAGAAUCCUCUGCACAAAACCCAGACGGUCCCACAGAACCCGGCGACACCAUCGCUCUCGCCACCAGCAUCAUCAGCAUCACCGCCACAAAUCCCGCAAGGACCGACGAAAACACCCGAAGCGCCCGAAGCUGGACUGGACGGAGGAGGACGGGAACUACUUUUAACAAGAGCCCCAAACGAAAGCACAAAUUCCUACUCCCCACCCCUUCCCCAACUUCCCCUCCCCUCGGGCCCACCUGGGGUGCAAGGUCUUGCGAGUAUGAUGGAUGGAAUAGUGUAUGUUUUUCCUGCCCUCCCUCCUAACCAUUCUCGUUUUUUGUUUGCCUCUUCCCCAGGACUCUGUAAGGUAUGGAGUGGAACGCACAUGCACGAUUUAGCGCACUUCUGCAAAAUGUAGAUUUGCAAAAUGGGAAGGGGCGCUGGGAAAGCCUUGCUGUAAAGAGCACCUUUCCUUCAGCAAAGGGGAUCACGGCAGCAUGCAGACAAUUCCCCCAGGAACGUAGUGCACAGUUCCCAGGGUUGCCAGCCUCCAGGUCCCACCUGGAAAUCGGCAACCAUAUAUUUGUGGAGAAGGUUAAGAAAUUACAGUCAGCAUCUCACCUUCUGUUUCAAACACACAAAAGGGCACAUUAAUCCCCUUCAUUUGGCUCAUCUACCAAGCCCUGGGAAACCCCUGCAGCGGCACGAGAGGAAAGUGCCCAGGUGGGAGCCCAGCGCCCACUGGUGGCAGCGCCUCUCUGGUUCUAUGGCAGGGAGCAGCCAGGCAUGAGGCUCGUGAAGCAGCCCAGAGCUGAAUGCAGAAGUCUUUGACUGGACCAGAACCUGCGCUUCAGGAAGUGGGCUGCCGUCCCCCAGAUCUCAAAAAUAAGAAGAAGUGGCUACGCUCACCUACAGCCCGUUGAGUAAUAACUACACACAUAGACUUUGAUUCAGAAAUUAAUACUGAGGAAUAUGUAACUAGAUAACCCCACGUGUUGUCAAAUAGCACCCUCGACCAUGCAGGCCCCCAGCUGGGAGCAGAGCCGUGGGGGUGGGAGGUUGAGCAGUUCUUCCUUGACACCAUUUUGGUAACUGGACCUCCACUCCACUCUUCAAGCCCUUUUCCCCUCCCCACAUAGACCCAGUACAAAUCAGUGCCACAUGAAGCUGAAACAGGCUCCAGUGUCCAUCAUACCGCUUGUUCCUCCCCUGCAGAAUUUCCCGGCCUGGCUUUCCCCCGCACCCAUUAGAAGGUGCUGCCUAAAAACCCCACAGUAUUUUCCAAGAGAGAGGGGGGCGGGGGGGGGGUUCCAUGCUGCUAAGUGACUGGAGCGAGCCUGAUCUCGCUAGACCUGAGAAGCUGCAGGGUCUGCCCUGGUUAGUAAUUGGAUGGGAGACCACCAAAGAAACCAGGGUUUCUACGCAGAAGCAACCAGUGGCAAACCAUCUCUGAAUGCCGCUUGCCUUGAAAACCCUGCCACGUCGCCAUCAGUCAGCUGCGACUUGGCCGCACUUUCCGCCCAUGCACAGUCCUCCCACGACCCACUCACCCCUGCGAGCAAGACUUCCGCCUCUCAGGGCCAGCUGCUUCUGACUGGGGAAAACUCCGCAUGCUCCAGCCUCAGCCUCUUCCGCCUUCUCCCGAGAGGCCUUGCAUCCCUUUGUAGUCCUUCCAUGGUAAACAUAUUUUUGUGGUUUUCUAGAACAAGCUACUUUUAUUAACUGACAAGGGGACAGGACUGCAGCUCAGUCUUUGGGAUCACCACCUAGCAAAGGUGACUACGGACACAGCAGAGUAGCUGAGGCUCCAACCUGGGCUCCAGCAAGUCUCCAGUUCGAAUCUCACCUCUACCACAAAAAUAUCAAAGGGCUUAGACAAGCUUCUUCCUUCUGCCCUCCAACAUCUGCCUGUGCAGAGUUCUUAAGAGAUUGUACAGGGAACCUUUCCAAGGGAGUCUUAAAUUCCAAAACAUUGGAAUAAGUGGGGGGGGGGAUUUGAGGAUUGGGAUGGAACCCAAAUUCAUUUCAGCUUUCCCCAGAUUCAGCUUCGGAUCAUCUUCAGCCAGCGCAGGUCUGUUGUGAGGAAAGUGGCAUAAGCAGACAACAAAUCUGUGGAAUGCAGCACUAGACAAAAUUGUCUGUGCAGGGAAAGCGUGUCGUCUGUUCCUUGGGCAAUCAGCUCUUCCCUUCGUGGUGGAAGAGGCUUCUGGCUUCAGAGCAGAUGGCAGGACAGGAGCCCCUUGCCCUAGGCUGGGAGCACAGGUGCACCAAAAGGCCACGGCUCAGGGGAGGAGCACCUGCUUGGCAUCCCCGCCAUCUCCAGUGAACAGGUGAUGUGAGAGACCUCUGACCAAGACCCUGGGGAGACAGCCCACCACUGCACAAUUCUCUGGGGGCAGAGCAAGGCAAGAACCAGCCAAAAACAGCUCCAGCCUAGAGCUGAAGUAACAAUGACCUGUAGGACAACAGUCCAAACAAAUUAAUGCACACUUCACAACCAGAUAACUCCUCUGGUGUAUGCUGAGUAUCUGUAGCAUACAGAGCAAAUCAAAAUUCAUUUAAAAAGCAUUCAAAUGCUGACAUCAACCACUUUUACAAAUUAUGACAGGAACAUUCUCUCUACAGACUAUUGAGCUGGCUGGUCACCCAGAUGAAAAUCCCCCCUUGUGACUUACUUCUGUGGCUCCUGUCGUGUGAUUCAAAUAAAGCUUAUGUGAAAGACGGGUCCCCUUAGUUCGUUUCAGGGGCCAGGAAAACUUUUCAGUCCAGACCACGACGUGGGGGCGUUCCUCUUAGCUUCUUGCAACGUGAGCAGGCGAGGCUGAGCAUGACAAGUGCGUGGGGUGGUUCAGCAUAGGGCAGCUUCUUGUGUUUAUAAGACACCCACCCCCUUAUUGAUUUUAUAUGUAUGUCAAUCGAUAACAGAGUUCUUCUGGCCCAGUAAAUGUUAUGUUGCCGCUCUGUUUAUGCCUGCAUUGCAUGGGGAUGAACACAGACCCAGAAGACAGGCGGUAGGUGGAUGGCUGUCUCCUGUUCAAACACCCUGGAGAGAGAAUGGCGUGGGGAAGACGUCUCUUUGCGCGUCUCUGCCUGAGAUCCAGCAGGACAGGGGCAGAGGCCCACAGGUCUGAGCUAGGACUCUUCCUGUCUGAGCGUGAAGCUGCUCAGGGCUGGCACAGCUGAUUAUUCGGGAUGAGCUCACUGAGGGACUGGAAACGGCACACAAACAGAAUUUUUCUCUCUGCUGCUUUUUUCAGACACCCCGGCCAUCAGGUCACAGGGACACAGGAUGGGGGACAGUCUCCCAUGUACUGAUAGGAUGCGCUUGGGAAGUUUUAGACCUGCUGGCCAGCUUGGGGCCAAAAAGAGCACAAGAAAGUCUGUCCCAAUGUAUUGUCGAAGGCUUUCACAUCUGGAAUCACUAGGGUGUUUGGGUUUCCCAGGUUGUAUGGCUGUGUUCCAGUAGCAUUUUCUCCUGAUGUUUCACCUGUGGCUGGCAUCUUCAGAGGAUUGAUCCUCUGAAGAUGCCAGCCACAGAUGCAGGCGAAACAUCAGGAGAAAAUGCUACUGGAACACAGCCAUACAACCUGGGAAACCCAAAACACCCUAAAGUCUGUCCCCUCUAGCGCAGCCAUGUCUGCGCGAGGCCAUGGGGGAACCCAGCAAAGGAGGCACAUGGACUCUCUGACCCCCAUGGAGGCACAUGGACUCAACACUCCCCAUUGAAAUCCCCCCUCCCCAAAUUCGAUCAUCCCGAGGCAUCCCCAGGAGUUGGCAAGGAGCUCUCAGGGGCUGCAAUGAGAUGGACCAGACAACCUGGAUGUCAAACCCCUGCAGGUAGGCGCUUUUGCUUCACCUGUGUACUUGAGGGCCCAGGUUUGGCACCAGACUGUUUCAGUUUCAGAACACCUGUGGGGAUGUCCGCAGCCUCUUCUGUGCUGAGGAGACAAGGCUGUCUAAAUAGACCUUUAUUUUUGCACCACUGGGGGAAUGUGCCCCCCCUCCACCACACAGAAUGCCUUUCCCUGCUAAAAGGACAUCAUGUUUGAAACGGGGGGUUUCUUUCGGUGUGGUUUGUGGGAGAGUGAUGCACGCAGGAACGAGCAAAUGCGGAGUGUGGUGGUUGAUGCCUCUGCUGUUUCACCAUACGUACAUUGUCUGGUCUUCCUCCUUUUGUGUACUCCCCCCUUCAGCCUUGUGGUGUUCCCAAAACAAAUGGGGGAGGGAAAACCCUUUGCGGUUUCUGUACUGCUGGACAUUUUAAUAAAUUUUUUAACAGUU